AUGCUAUCGGCACGUACUUCCAUUUUAAGGAAUACCUUCUCUAAGAGAGGGCUAGCCACGGUCUCCAACUUGACUAGAGACUCCAAAGUCAACCAAAACUUAUUGGAAGAUCAUUCUUUCAUCAAUUAUAAGCAAAAUGUCGAAAAUAUGAAUAUCGUCAAGAAGAGAUUAAAUAGACCCCUUACUUACGCUGAAAAGAUCCUUUAUUCUCAUCUUGAUAAUCCACAAGAACAAGAUAUUCAAAGAGGUGUCUCUUAUUUGAAAUUAAGACCUGAUCGUGUCGCAUGUCAAGAUGCUACCGCACAAAUGGCUAUUUUACAAUUUAUGUCUGCUGGUCUUCCAGAAGUCGCUAAACCAGUAACCGUUCACUGUGAUCAUUUAAUUCAAGCUCAAGUUGGUGGUGAAAAGGAUUUAAAGAGAGCUGUCGACCUAAAUAAGGAAGUCUUUGAUUUCUUAGCUACUGCUACAGCUAAAUAUAAUAUGGGUUUCUGGAAACCAGGGUCUGGUAUUAUUCAUCAAAUUGUCUUGGAAAAUUAUGCCUUCCCAGGUGCAUUAAUGAUCGGUACUGAUUCUCAUACUCCAAAUGCUGGUGGGUUAGGUCAAUUGGCCAUUGGUGUUGGUGGUGCUGAUGCUGUUGAUGUUAUGGCUGAUUUACCAUGGGAAUUAAAGGCUCCAAAGAUUUUAGGUGUCAAGUUAACAGGUAGAAUGAACGGAUGGACUUCUCCAAAGGAUAUUAUCUUAAAAUUGGCUGGUAUUACAACCGUUAAAGGUGGUACCGGUAAGAUUGUUGAAUAUUUCGGUGAAGGUGUAGACACUUUCUCAGCUACUGGUAUGGGUACUAUUUGUAAUAUGGGUGCUGAAAUUGGUGCUACUACUUCUGUUUUCCCAUAUAAUCAAUCUAUGAUUGAUUAUUUGAAAGCUACUCGUCGUGGUAAGAUUGCUGAUUUUGCUAAAUUAUAUCAAAAAGAUUUAUUAUCUGCUGAUCCAAACUGUGGAUAUGAUGAAGUUAUUGAAUUAGAUUUGAAUACUUUGGAGCCAUACGUUAAUGGUCCAUUUACUCCAGAUUUGGCUACUCCAAUCUCUAAGAUGAAGGAUGUUGCUGUGGCUAAUGGAUGGCCAUUAGACGUUAGAGUAGGUUUAAUUGGUUCUUGUACUAACUCUUCAUAUGAAGAUAUGUCUCGUGCUGCUUCCAUUAUUAAAGAUGCCGCUUCUCAUGGUUUAAAGGCAAAGACUAUCUUCACAGUUACUCCAGGUUCUGAACAAAUUAGAGCUACCAUUGAACGUGAUGGUCAAUUAGAAACUUUUAAAGAAUUUGGUGGUAUCGUCUUAGCUAAUGCCUGUGGUCCAUGUAUUGGUCAAUGGGAUCGUCAAGAUAUUAAGAAGGGUGAAAAAAAUACAAUUGUUUCAUCUUAUAACAGAAACUUCACUUCUAGAAAUGAUGGUAAUCCACAAACUCAUGCCUUUGUUGCAUCUCCAGAAUUAGUUACUGCCUUUGCCAUUGCUGGUGAUUUGAGAUUUAAUCCAAUUACAGAUAAAUUAAAGGAUAAAGCUGGUAAUGAAUUCAUGUUGAAACCACCAUUUGGUAAUGGUCUACCAGAAGAUGGUUAUGAUCCAGGUAACAACACUUACUCUGCUCCUCCAAAGACUCGUGACUCUGUUGCUGUCAGUAUUGCUCCAAACUCAGAUCGUUUACAAAAACUAACGGCUUUUGAAGCUUGGGAUGGUAAGGAUCCAAAAAAUAUGCCAAUCUUAAUUAAAUCUUUAGGUAAGACUACUACUGAUCAUAUUUCAAUGGCUGGUCCUUGGUUGAAAUAUAGAGGUCAUUUGGAAAAUAUUUCAAAUAACUAUAUGAUUGGUGCCAUUAACGCUGAAAAUAAUAAGGCUAACAGUGUGAAAAACGUUUACACUGGUGAAUAUAAGGGUGUUCCAGACACUGCCAGAGAUUACAGAGAUCAAGGUAUUAAGUGGGUUGUCAUUGGUGGUGAAAAUUUCGGUGAAGGUUCAUCUCGUGAACAUGCUGCUCUAGAACCAAGAUUCCUAGGUGGUUGUGCUAUUAUUACUAAAUCAUUCGCACGUAUUCAUGAAACUAACUUGAAGAAACAAGGUUUAUUACCAUUGAACUUUAAGAAUCCAGCUGAUUAUGACAAGAUUAACCCAGAUGAUAAGAUUGAUUUGUUAGGUCUAGAUAAAUUAGCCCCAGGUGUUGAUAUUACUAUGAGAGUUCAUCCAAAGAAUGGUAAACCAUGGGAUGCUCAAUUAACUCAUACUUACAACUCAGAACAAAUUGAUUGGUUCAAGGAAGGUUCUGCUUUGAAUAAGAUCAGAAAGGAUAGAUUAGGUGCAUAA